ACACCUUGAUCUAACAAAAAAUGGCAUUUUCACCAUCCUUUACUUGCAAAAAUACGCCUUACAAAAGCCUGACUGCUUCUCUCACCAAUAUAAGCUCUCAAGUUCGUAGAAGAAACCAACAUACACCUAGAGUCAAGGUAGUUAUCCCCAAUCCUAGUAUUUUCGGGACAGCGAAUGUCAGAAAAUGUAUCACCCACAAGAAGCAGCCUGAGAUCAAAUGCAAAUCCGCAGAGAAGCCAGAGUUCAUCAACCUCGAGAUUAACCUUGGUUCAGUUUCAGAUGUGAUUGAUAUAUUUCGAGUAUGCAUCAAUAAUAAGAACAACACGGGGCAGUUAGAACGUCUCAUGUCCGAAGACUGUUGCAUUGUGAAUUCAUCUGAUUUCAUUCAUUUUGCUUUGCCCGAUAAGCGUGAGGGGAAAAAGGAAGUCAUGAUGUUGUUAAGAAAACUGGUUGAAAUGAUAGAUAAACAAAAACUCCAAUUCAAAUUCCAAGUAAAUACUUGUGAAGAACGACUUGAGGCGUCUCUGAAUUGGAAUUUAGUGGAAAUGGAGUCACAAGAUACCAGAUAUCAAGGGUUCAGUAAAGUCCAGUGCUCGAAAGAAGGCGAUACACUUGUAAUAAGGAAACUCGAGAACAUAAAUUAUGACAAAACAAAGUAAGAACCUAGCAGUUCGCCAGAACAAUCUUAAGGCAUUGCCAUUGCUCUUCUGUUUCGACCACGAGUCCAAAAAUGGAACAAAGCCGAGGCAACUUGCUGAAGCCGACUAGCAGCCUUAUCAAUUCCAGUCUUUUUUGGCUCCAACGAAAGAACAAUAACUUCUGUUGUAGAAUACUAGAAUCCCAAAUAUUUGUCUUGUGAGAACGUUUAUUUUUACGGUUUUGUGAUAAAAAUGAGUUUAUUGUUCUGCAUUUCUAUUAUAAUAUAAUUACCGCAUGAUCCUUGAAUUGGAUAAUAGAUUUUCUCAAUA